GUUCGCCAGGCUUCGCACGCAGCGGUUUCAGGGAGCACCCUCGCCAGGCUUCCUUUUGCGAGCUUUUAGACUGGGGGCCUGGCCAUAUGGCGAGCUCGGGCAGAAAACCACCACAGAUGGUAUCCAUGGAUGCGUCGACUGCACGGUGUCGCAUGAUGCAAAUUCAUGACCUCGGCUUGGUGCUUAAGAAGCUGACUGAUCUCACAGCUGUGACAAGACUGGAGGUGGGCAACAACCGGCUGAAGGAGAUGCCGUCGCUUCAGGCCCUCCCCAGUGUGCAGCAUGUGGAUCUUUCAAUGAACUUCAUCAGGUGUACAGACCGUGUGCGAGUGUCCGGGUGGAUGGGCCGGUCGUGUGUGUUUGCAGCUUCCUGGAUGGAGCGGCGGUGCCGGAGCAGGUCACACAUCUCAACAUAUCCCACAACAUGAUCAAAAACGGCAGCGCACUCCCUGCGUCUUCCAAGCUGACGGAGAUGGUGAGCUCGUAUGGGCUCCAUCUGUCUCCUGGUGGCUCUCAUUUCCGUGCCCUCACUGCAGGACAUCAGCUUCAAUCGGCUGGCGACUCUCGCACCCCUCAAGCUGCAGUCGCUUUCUGAGCUUCAGUCGCUGGUAAGGUCAACCUUUGUGUCUUCCAGUGACAGCUGAUGCUCCCAUUGUGUGUGGGACAGAACUGUUCCUUCAAUGCGCUGCGCGACAUUGGAGGACUCGAGGGUCACCCCUCGCUCACACACCUAUUUCUACAAGGAAACAAGAUCGAGGUCAGCGCUAGUGGAGGAUGCGAUGUGCCGUUCAUUGCGGUGGUCUUGUGGGCAACACACAUGCAGGACCUUCGGGCGCUCACCAGUGCCGAAACAGCUUUUCUAGCGUUACAGGCACUCGACAUUUCAGCGAACGCAAUUCAGGAGGUGAGAUGCUGGCAGAAAGGUAACCUACGGGGCUCCACUGCCUCUUUCGUGUUGACAGGACCAGUAUCUGGUGUUGUAUCACUUCCUCCCAAGGGUCGCGCCAAAGUUGGUAGAACGAGACACACACCUGGUCUGAAGCGCCGAGCAGCCACUCUUCCGACUGUUUGUUCCAUUCUCAGGCUGACAUCUUCAUGGGGGCGAACCCCUUCGUCAAUGUAUGUAGACAGACGACGGGCUACAUGACGUCUGCCAGCGCACUGUCUCCCCGUACGCAGAAACGAGCCAAGGACUACGCCCUCCUCCUCCUGUCGACCAACGAAAAGCUCAAGCGAGUCGACGGGGCCCGUGCCACUCCGCAUCUGAAAGGGAUGCUCAUGGUAGGUGCAGCUGGUGUACUCCUGACUGAUGCUGACACACGUGUCUGCUUGCAGAAAAGGAUGACUGAUGCCUCCGUCAAGGAUCUGAUCGACCACACAAGUGAGUGAAAUAGAUCAAGAAGAAGACGCCAUUGAUUGCACCAAUGCCGAACCUUGGCCAGGAAUGCUGUACGAGACUGAUUGCAAGGUGACUGAUUGUAAGUGCUGGGCUAGAAUUCAGCUGCAUGGUGUGUUUGUCGGCUGCAUCAGUGGGAGAAGCAACGCACGAACAUGCAGCUGCGGCUGCUGCAAGACCUGCACAAAAGGGUUCUCGAGAACAUGUCUGACUAUGAGAGUGAGAUGGAGAAUGAUCUGCUUAUCAAGGCGCAAUACCUCAAGAAAGAGGUGAGCAUGUGUGACAGCCACGGAGCUGGGCGUCAGCGAGGGCCUGCCCGCGCGUGUCUGCAGGUGGAAAAGCCUCUCAACGAAGACACGAUAGAGGUACGCUCAUAACAUGGCACCUAAGUGACACAUCGUCGUCUGAUUUGUUGUGCAGAAGCUGCAGCAUGACUGGAAGGCACGGCUGGAGGAGAUCCGACAGAUGGAGCAAGCUCACCGAGCCGAGGAGAAAGACCAAGAAGUUCUCGCCAUGGAGCCAUCCACACAGGGGUACGGCAAGGGCGCACAUUGAUGAUGGCGGAGACACCCCUCCGCAUGUGUGUGCAGACGGGUCCAGAAGCUCGUGCUGUUGCGUAAGGAGGCCGUGACAGCCACAGAAGAGUGGCGCAGGAAAAAGAGGGAGGCACGCGAGGCCAUGCAACAAGAGGCAGCACAAGAGAAUGUCAGUGCCACCCAACAAGAGACGGCUCCCGACGAGGAGAAGCCGCCAGAGGAAGAACAAGUCGGUGAAGGCGUGGACGAAGGUGAAGGCAUGAAUGAGAUAGAAAGCGAAGGCGACUGAGUGGCUCACUGCACUCGAGUGGCCAAUAAAACGGCAAGAGAACUGUCUUGAUUGACAUUCAUUUAGUGAAUGUGACUUUCUCAUGUACACAAAUGUAUACAAAACGUGUACAUGAAGACACAAUCAGAGAGGCCGAGCGACGCAAAGCACUCGGCACACUGUGUGUGUGUUUGAGUGAGCGAGUGACGGCAAGCGACAGUGAGUGACCGGCACGAGCGAGCGAUGGAGAGCAGGGAGGUGAUAAAGGAGCCCGUCCGUGAGUCAGACCGUGAGCACCCUCUGCUCCUCGCAGACCUCACCCGACAGCAGGUACUGUAUGCACACUCUGACUGCUGGACAGGGAGACAGAGGGAGCAGAGCACUUGGUUGCUGCUUGGCUGCUCAUGUCUCUGUUCGUUCCUUGGGUCAGUCGUUCGUCAAGUACUCGCCGGUUGUGUUCAUCGCCUUCCUCUUCGGAAUCAUCUACGUCGCACACAUGCUGUCAGUGGACUCAGUCCACCCACCAUGCCAGAGAGAAUGGCAGAGAGGGAGGGAGACAUGUGAGUGUGUGUUGUUUCAGCUAUCGCAUCUUGCCGCUGCUGCAGCUUGCGUUGCCCGCCAAGAUCCGCAACCACGACAUCGAGACGCGUAAUAGGAAACCACACAUCGUGAUGACCAUUCUGAUGGAGGUCUCUCUCUCUGUUUCUCCUUCUGAUGUGCAGAGGGCUGGAUUGAGUCGGUUGUGCUGCACUUUCUGUUAGGGAUGUUUGUGUGGUCGUACGCCCGUGCCGUGUUGGAGGACGCCGGCUUCAUUCCCAGCCGCCAGUGGUCGACAGAGCCGGCAGACGAGCUCGUGAUGGAGCGCAAGGAGAACGGCGACAAACGAUUCUGCAAAUACGAGAAGCUCUUCAAACCAGGUGUGGGUGGGUGGGUGAAUGAAUGUGUGCACAGGUCACUUGUAUGUCGGUUGGCAUGUUGUCCAUUCAUCAGACAGGGCGCACUACUGCCGUCCUCUCGGCUGCAACAUCCUCAAGAUGGACCACUACUGCCCGGUUUGAUCUCACACAGAUCAGUUCCAGAUGGACCGGUGAACUUGUCCCUCCGUGUGCCAUGUGUCUGUCUGCAGUGGAUCGCCAACUGCGUGGGAUUCAGAAACCAGGCACGAAACACACAGUAAAGGACCAACCACACAUGCAUUGCAUUGCAUGUGUGUGUGUGUUUCAUGCAUGCAUCCAUCAGAAGUACUUCUUCCUGUCUCUGCUGGUGAGAGGGAGGGAACGCAGAGAGGGACGGAGGGACGAUUGGCACCUUGUUGUCGUGUCUCUUCUCAGUACGCUGUGUGCGUGCUGCUGAUGGUCGAUUUCACACUCACGCCGAGAUUUGCCGUCUACGCCGAGGACCCUAUGAGCACAUACGGUGAGCGAGACAGGGAAACAGUCAGUGAGGCAUGUAGAUGAUGUCUCUCGUGUCGGACUGCAGGGACGUUGAUCAUCGUGCUGUUUGGGAUUGUGCUGUCGUACAUUCUGACGUUGGUGGUUGGCGGGUUCUUCCUCUUCCACUGCUGGCUCAUCUCCCACAACAUGACAACCAUCGAAUUCUGUACCUACAACAACGACCGACACACACAUCAGUUGACAUCGGUGUGUAUGUCUGUCUCAUGGAUGGAUGGAUGGAUGUGUGUAGGUGAGAAGCGCCGCAGAGAGGGUCAGCGUCCCAAUCCAUACGACAUGGGCAUCGUCGAGAACAUCAUCCAAGGUCAUCCACUCGUGUGCACACGAGAAGGAGAUGGAUGGGUGGAUGGGGGCAUCCAUGUGUGUGUGUGUUUUGUGGCAGUGCUGGGCGAAGACAUUGACAAAGUGCUCGUCCCGCUGCCCCUCCCCAGUCAGCGCUAAAACCUGACUCUGUGGAUGUUAGAAUGAAUGAGCGGAUCGUCUCUCCCUCUGUCUGUGUGUGUGUGUGUGUGUGUGUGUGUCAGCGAGCCAGAAGCGUCGAUUUGGGUACGGCACUGUGUUCCCACGCGUCGACAGAGUGACCGGCCGGCAGGUGCAGGUCGCCUGAGCGAAACCGCCACUGACCGACCAACCAACACACAGACCGACACACCGCGACAUGCGACAGGAAUGAAAUCGCUGACAGACAGACAGCCAAUGGACUGACAAACUGAACAAUCAUGAAAUGUAUGUCACACGCACUGAUCGAUCACAGUGCAUUCAUGAUCAAGAAAGGGGAAGGAUCACAUCGACCUCGAGGCUGGUGCUGAUGGUGAGAGAGAGGGAAAAAGAAACGGACAGAUGGACACAUGCUUGCAGUCUGAGAGAC